AUGGACACAAUGUACCUCCCUCCAGAACUCCUGGCCCACAUCGCGUCUUUCCUCGACGCCGAAUCCUGCCUCGCUUGCGUCUCUGUCUGCCGCCAGUGGAACCAAUUCUUUGCACCCUACCUCUGGCACACCGUCAAGAUCUCUGAGCAGCCCUGGGCCCGACUCUUCUCCGUUCCUUACCCCUCCUCCUCCUCAUCUUCAUCCUCUCCGAGACCGCCGGGCAAGGAACAACAACAACUCAUCAGCUGCUUGGUCAAGAAAUACGCUCGAUACAUUCGGGUCUUGGAGAUGGAUACUGCAUGGUUGCUUUGGGGUGCCAUGAUUGGUCGUGUUAAUGGGCUUUUGUCCUUGACGUUCAGGCGCCCUUCCCCUGAACUAGCAAGAUCGAAUUUGGGGUUUGAGGGGUGUCAAGUCCACGUUGAGAGCUCUGAGGCCGUGCCGUAUUCGGUUUUUGAUGUCGAGCCCAAGGAUUACGCCUCCCCGAAUUUCAAGAUGACCCUUGCGUGCUGGCAUAUGGUUCUGCAUAACAGGGACCUGCAGCAUAUUGCCUUCCAGCAGCAGCAUCAAGGACUCGGUGAUGUCCCGCUCAAGGUCCAAGAGGAUGGAGAUCAUGUCUAUGGAUUGACGCCUGCGGGAAAGUCGUUCUUGAUUAAUCUUCUUUCUCGCCUGCCAGACCUGCGACAUGUCGAGAUUGGACAGAACGCGGAUGAUUUUCUCCUGGUCAGUCUUGCGGAGCAUUUCCCAAUGGUCACGUCAUUUGUUCACCUGGGGACCAUGGCGUUCGAUCCGAGUGUUCUCCCGCGCCUGCCAGGUCGGCACCCGUCGUUGCAAUCGCUCAGUUUCAAGAUGUCGGAUUUCUUGAGCAUCGAGGCGGAACAGCUCCGGUGGAUCGUCACAGCUUUUCCAGGGCUACAACACCUCUCGGUCCCUGGGUAUUUUAGCGGUGCGCUACUGGGGUCUCUAGGGUGGAACGAUAUUGAUAAUUGCUCGAUCCAGACACUGUCAGUCUCGGAUUUCGCAUACACGGCGAUGGAGGCCGACCUGUCGGUGUUCGAGAAGGCCAAGAUCACAUUCCGAGCGGUCAAGGAGUUGAAGAGAACAGGAGAAGAGUACGAGUUGUUCGGUGACCUAUUCCGGAUUCUGCGGUUCUUCCCUUGUCUGGAGCGACUCGAAUUCGCACGCGACGCCGAGUUUUCUGACCCCUUGGUUGGCGGUAGUAUUGGCGAUUGUGGUGGUGGUAUGGGUGGUGGGUUUGUCGAUGAUCGAGACUCGGUCUACAGAUUCAAGACCCUGGCACUCGGAUAUGAAGCCCGCCUGUCCUUGGACGCAAUUGCACAAUUGACGAGCGAAUCCCCCUACCUAACCCGCGUCACCCUCCAAGACAUCCACCCCGCUGUCGUACGAACGCUUGCCUACAGCUGCCAGGCCCUCGAAUACGUACACUUCAACACCGACGAGUCGUGCUCGUUAGAAUUGAACACUUUACUCGUCCACUGUCGGAGGUUGAAAGAGUGUACCGGCCGGGGUCACGUUGUAUUCGCGACAGAUAUCCUUCGCUCCCAGCAUUGGACCUGUCUGGGCCUCCAGAAGCUAGAUAUCACGAUUGUUGAUGUGCCAAGGGCGAAGGGGGAAGAAGUUCGACUGCUCGAGAGAACACAGAAGCGGAUCAGAAGAGCGAGAGGGCAGCAUGGAGUCGUACACGAUAUGAUCCUGGAUACUUCUGUCGAGCAGCAGUCCACUCAGGAAUCUCAACCAAAGUCGCAGCUGUGCCAGAGGAAAGUGUUCUCGAAACUCGCAAGAUUGACACAGUUGGAGGAGGUCGAUUUCCGGUACCGUCCCUCCGAGGGGCGAGACGAGGCUGAUGAGGGAGUGUGGGACGGCGAGGAAAGGAUGGACGAGGAUGAGACCGAUACAGAGACGGACGUGAGUGAGCAGUACUGGGCCUCACUCGAGUUUACGUUGGAGGCGGGGCUUGAGCAGUUGGGUGUCUUGGAGCAUUUGAGGAUGAUUGCAUUCGGGGUUGAGGAUGGCAAGUUUGGACAGAGGGAGAGGGAUUGGGUGCGGGAGCUGUGGUGUAUGAACGAGAUUGGUGGGGAGAAGGGAGUCUUUUGUGCGGUGGAUUUGAUGUGA